GGCCCGUCGGAAGUCCUCACACCGUAUUUCCGUCGGAAACAUGCCCGUCGGUAGCCUAUAUAAGCUGCUGGAACGGAGAUCCCUCUUCUCAUCUCAUCGCCACCUCUCCCAUAAUUCCAUCCGUCGAGCACUUCUCACCGCAACCACCUCACAGUCACUCACAAACCUAGCUAUAUCCAAGGUCAAGACGUGCAUACAGCACAGCAGUCAAUCGUCACAGGGCGGGCAAGGCGUAGAGAGCGAUCUCCCCAGACGGUGGAGCCAGCCAUGGCCGGCGGCGGCGCUGCGCUUCCGUCAAGGGAGAUGGUCGCGGCGGCGGCGCAGCUCGGCUUUCCUCCCCGACCCGGCAUUCGAUUCUACCCCACGGACCAGGAGCUCGUCGGUUGGUUACUCAGGAGCAAGGUCCUGGGGCACGCCGGCCUCCACAUCGACUUCAUCCCCGUGGUGAACGCCUACAAGUUCGAGCCCCAGGAAUUACCAGACAAGUCGUUCUCGCCGAGCACAGCCGACCCCGUGGCCAAAGUGGAGUCGUACUUUUUCGCACCAAGGGGCCGAAAGUACCCAACUGGGCUUCGCAUGAAACGGGCAACAGAAAACGGAUUCUGGAAGUCCACCGGAAAGGACCAUCCCAUCAUGCACAACGGCACCAUCAUCGGCAUGAAGAAGACGCUCGUGUUCCACGCAGGCCGUGCUCCUAAGGGUACACGCACCGACUGGGUCAUGCACGAGUACCGCCUCCACGGCCACUGCAACCAGGACACAUACGCCUUGUGUCGGGUCUUCAACAAGAACACUGUGACCCCGUCGACGGAUGUGUCCGGUGGUGCGGAUGCAGAUGAGGAUCCCAUGCACUUUCUGCCUGGCGGCGUCGACAUGAACCCUGAUCUGAUGGAGUAUGUGUUUGACGGCGCCAACUCGGACACGUCCUUGAAGUUCAUGCUUGAAGGCAUCAAGACGGACAACAAUUCAAUUGUGAACAAUGAUUUGAUGCAUUUCUUGCUUGACGGGGUCGGCACAGAGAAGGAUCCCAUACCAGUUGAGCCCAUGUCCGAUUAUGCUGUCGCGGACAAUGGAGGGGUGCAACUCCGCAGUGGUGGUGGCGACAAGGGCAAGGGAGGGGAGCAGUUUGUGACUGGUGGCGACAUCACAAAAAAGGGAGGCAUGAACUACGUGGCUGGCGGCGCCUACAUUGAAAGGGGAGCGAUGCAGCCCUUGACUGUUGGCAUGGAAAAAGAUGAUGCGGGCAAGGACAAAUCCUGGAUGGAGUUCCUCCGCGGCGAUGUCUACUGGAAUCAGUUCAUUCCCGAUGAUGGUUGGAACUCCAACGCCAACUAGUAACUCAUUAAGCUUGUUAUUUAGCAGACACAUGAGAGAACUACCAAUAUUUUUGUUUAUCCUUGUCAAUUGUAGAGUGUACCAUGUCCUCAUGGCAUAAAUUGUUGACUGUUGUCAUUUGUGGAGUAAGAUGUGUGCCCAUAAAUAUAGUUUUAUACAUAUGCAUAGUCCAUAUAUUUUGAUGUUGUUAUAGUACUACGUACCCAUGGGCGCACUGCUGUAGGCGGUCACAUGUUUCAAAUGAAAUCGUAAUUUUGUGGGUAGGUGUGCUAUUUUUGCAUUAGCUUGUGAGUUGAA